GCACUACCCUACCUGUCACUGCUACGCGGAAGUAAGUGGCUGAAUGCAAAAUGGUAAUCAGUACUCCGGAAUUCAAGGGAAUAUAAACGUAAAAAGUAUGCGGGCUGUGUCUACGCUAGUGUUCCUGGCCGUGGGUGUGAUGGUGGUGUUGAUGUACCAGGCGGUCCACCAGGAGAUUACUCUGCGGGGUCUUAAAGCCCGCGCUCUGGAGAGCUCCUCUCAGGUCAAGCAGAAGGAGAAUGACAUCGUCCAGGUCAAGAUGAAAAUCCAGAAGCUUAAUGAUGAGCUGAAGCCCAUCAACACCAAGAGAGACGAGUUGACUAAGAAGAAGGAGCAGUCUGCUAAAGCCGCAGGUGAGGCGGACAAGAGCCUAAAGACCUGUCAUACAGAGAAGGCCGAUGCUGAGAAAAAGAAGAAUGACGCGUCGGCGGCCCUUCAGAAAGUUAAAGAUGAUCAGGAAGCAGAGAAGAAGACAGCUCAGGAGGAGAUCCAGGCAUUGAAACAGCAGAUUCUGGACCGGGACAAGGCACUGUGUGCGUUUGUGGACCAGACCAAUGAGGAAGGACGGAAGCUGUGUGGAAUCACUGAGGCCCCAAAAUGAAGACAACUUGCACUACACUAUCUCCCUCCCUCCCUCAUGCUUGCCGUGAUGCACACACACCCAUGCACAUCAUCGUUGUGCAGCUCAUAACCUUUAUCACCUACAACCACCUUCACUUACUGUACCUCUCAAUACUCAGGAAAAUAAAAACCAAGAAAGAUUUGGAAAACCCA